GUCGGGGUUCAACAUGGCCGCAGCGCGCCGCGUCCACGCAGACGGCGGCUGCGAGGAAAAGGGGCCUGAAGGGUCGUGUCCAGCCGUGCCCCCCGGCGCCACCAUCCCGAGGGUGAAGCUCCUCGACACCCUGGUGGAAACUUUCCUCCAGAAGCUGGUCGCUGCCGGGAGCUACCGGAGAUUCAGCGACUGUUACAAGCGUCUCUGCCAGCUGCAGCCUGACGUGACCCAGCGGAUCCACGACAAGUUUGUCGCCCAGCUGCAGGCGUCCGUCCGGGAGGAGAUCUCGGAGAUCAAAGCGGAGGGGAACCUGGAGGCGGUCUUGGACGCCUUGGACAGGAUCGUGGAAGAAGGCAAAGACCGCACGGAGCCGGCCUGGCGCCCCAGCGGGAUCCCUGAGGCAGACGUGCGCAGCGUGGCUCUGCCCUACUUCCUGCAGCAGCGGGACGCGCUGCAGCGCCGGGUGCGCAGGCAGGAGGCGGAGAACCGGCGGCUGGCGGAGGCUGUGCUGGCUGGGCGGCGGCAGCUGCAGCAGCUGGAGCAGCAGGCCCGGGCCCGGCAGCAGGCCUGGCAGGCCCUGCACAGAGAACAGAAGGAGUUGCUGGGCGUGCUGGGGGAGCCCGAGUGAGGAGGCGGCCGCCGGACCAGGAACAGAGGGCAGUCGAGGUCAAGGGCCAGGGCCGGCUGCCCCUGAGAACCAGUGAAGUGGUGGCCAGUCCCUGAGUGCGGAUGGAAUUAGCCGGAGGAUGACGCCUGACCAGCCCUUCUGCGUUGGGGGCUCCCUUGGGGUCACACACAGACACACACAAAACACACACGGACACACACACACACCCCCCUUCAGACCCUUCCCUGUUCUCUUCGGACGCAAGGGCUGUCGGCCAGCACCCACACCGGGAAUCAGGCCCCAGGCUCUCUGUCCUGCAGGUUGGAGCCAGCCGCCUGCCCCGCCCGUUCCUGAGCGCCCCCGGACCUGGCCCGGGGCAUCUGUGUUCGGGCGCCCUGAUUGCCCCCUUGCCGGCCAGCCCCAGGGCCCUUGCCAUGUUUUCCCCACAUCCGUAAAUAAACCUCCUCCGCUUCCUACACUGUAA